AUGCAUGGGCAUCGCUGGCGGGAAGCGGUUGCUCACUGGUUGCUCCAACUCCUGGAAGAUGACUUCCAGUUCAUCCUUUGUGAGGGCUGCCAGCAGGAAUCGCCCAACCUCAAGCUCCUCGCCUGCCUCCAUACCUUCUGCCUCGAUUGUCUGAGCAAGAACAAGGUCAUUGGGCAGUGCCCCGUGUGCCAGAUGGCCAUCCCACAGGCCAGCAGCACCUCCGACAUGGACAACCUGCUCUUCACCAGCCUGCAGGCCAGGCUCAAGGUCUACAAGAAGAUCAUUGAUGGGGUUGACUUGUUCUGCGAUAAUUGCAAGAAAGCCGGUGAGUUCUGGUGCUCCGAGUGCGAGGAGUUCCUCUGCACCAAGUGCUUCGAGGCCCACCAGCGCUACCUGAAAAGGGAGAGCCACAAAGCCAAGACGGUGAUGGACAUCAGGGCAGGGCCUGCUAAAGAAUUCCUCGAGGGCUCCAGGAGGACCGGUAACUUGUCCUGUUCUAACCCGACCCACAAAAACCAGACUGUAAGCAUCUACUGCAACAAGUGCUGCAAGCCGGUGUGCUGCAUCUGCGCACUGCUGGACAGCCAGCACGCCCCGUUCUGCGACAUCCACAGCGAGACCCAGCGCAGGCAGGAGGAGCUGGGCACCAUGAACCAGGAGCUGAAGCAGAAGAGAAGCGGCUUUGAGGCCACCUACGCGGCGCUGCAGGAUGAGGCCGCCCGGCUGGAGGAGGCGCAGCGGGAGAUGCGGGAGCUGAUCGGGCAGCGCGUGGAGCAGCUGGUGCGGCUGAUCCGGCAGGAGGAAGAGGAGCUGCUGGGGCUGGUGGAAGCGUGGCAGGAGCAGGGCCGGCGGGAGCUGGCGAGGGAGCUGCAGCACGUGGAAGGGGUGCUGCGGCGGAUGGAGGCGGGCGAGCGGCUGGUGGAGAAGAUGAGGCUCUACGCCACGGAGCAGGAGGUGAUGGACAUGCAGCCCUUCAUCAAGGACUCGCUGGACGAGCUGCAGCGGCUGCAGCCGCCGGCAGCCGGGGACCGAGCGCAGUCUGGGGACUUGGCCAAGUGCAGAGCCAGGCUGCAGGUGCUGGUGGAGCGUGUCAUGGGGCACCCAGAAGCCGCCGCAGCUCUAGCCAUGGAAAACUCCCACCAGAUCUCCACCUCCACCCCUGCAAAGAGGAAGAAAGUCCAAAAUGCGAAUGUCCUGACGUCACCGGUGAAGGUGGUGAAGGUUGAAAACAAUGACGACGGGUGGAACCAGACAGUGCCACAGCAGCCAAGCUGCUCGGUCCAGCUUGGGACCAGCUGUUCGGUGUCUCCCAUGACUCUCGCCAAGGAGGACAGCCUGCUGGAAGACAUGCCAGAAGGCAACAGUGGGCUGCACGAUUCAGAUAGCGAUAUUCUCUGCUUGGACAGCUUUGAGGAUGAUAGCACCGAUGAGGAGUCCAUGGACUCCAGUCUGUUAGGUGACCUCAGCAACAUCCUCGAUGAGGAAACCAGCAAAGAUCACCUGGGCCUUCCCAUCAGCAGCCAGAACACACUGGACACAAGACAAGGAUCCCUGGUCUUCUUUGACGUGAAGAUUUUGAAAAAUGGAAGCAUUCAGAUGACAGUGGUAGAUGGAGAGAAAAUAUUCCCAGUCCUGAUUCAGCCAAUGAAAUGUUUGUCCAGCUUGAUGGCCAAAAAUAGCGUCUACGAGAUUGGUCUGAUGAAUCUGCUGUGCCACCUCCGCACUGUCCACAGGCCCAUCCUGGGUGGCUUUGGUCUCUGGUCACUCCCCUUUCCCACCCUCUUGAAUGCGCUGACGGUCAUGAACAAGAAAGAGGAGUUCAGUUCUGUCGUGUAUGGUUUCCUGGACAUUUUGCCCCUGAUUAAGGAGGAGAUCCCCAAGAGGGAUAACUACAAGCUGAAGAACUUGGCCAGCACUUACCUCUGGUGGAACUUUGGUGACUGCAGCGCUAUGGAGAAUGCCAACAUGGUGAAGUACCUGUGCGAGGUCCUGGACGUCGACCUGGUGAAGAAACCCAGGCUGAUCCUCAGUCAAGCCAACCUGGAGUCCUUCAUCUCCCUCCAGCCCUUGCUGGCUGAGAAGCUCCUCACCAAGCCAUCAGCUCAAACAUUGGCCGCCCACAACAUCGGCCUCUCUGAGCUCUGGUCCUGCUACCAGCACAACCCCGAGAAGGGGCUCCAGAAAGCAUGCCAUCUCAUCAACACUUGCCGGCACAGCUCCGAAAAGAAAGUCCGAAACCUGAGCAAGGUCAAGGUCUACUUCCAGCGCCAGGAGAAGUCGGCUGAAAGCCAGAAGACCCCGGCAGGCAGUGAUUUCCCAGGAGCCAUAAAGAAUGAGGAAGAGUGUUGA